AUGAAAUCUUUCUGUGCAUUGCUUGCCCUGGUUGGUGUAUGCUCGGCUCAACUGUUCGCAUGGCCUGCCUCUUCCUACAGCCCAUACUAUGCUAGGUACUAUGCUGCAUCUUCACUCGCAGCGCCAGUAGCUGCCGCAUACCCAGCAGUAGCCGCAGCUCCUGUAAUGCCUGCUCCAGCUUAUGCUGCUCCAGCCUACGCAGCUGCUCCAGCUAUCGCUGCUCAUACAGCUCUUAGCCCUCCAGUUGCAACAGGACCAGCCAUAGCUGCUGCCACCGCCAACGGAGCUCCACUCCUUAGCCCGGCUUAUGCUGCCGUCAUGGCUCCAGCGGUUCAGCCUGCUCCAGUAGCUGCAGCACCAGCUCCAGUUCCUGCCUACGCUCCAUUCCAAACGGCGACGUACCUCAUCGGGUCAAAUAAGGAAUGA